UCUCAUUCGUAAACAUAAAAAAUUAUCUCGAAUUUUGCUUUCUGUUUAGCUUUUUAUCGGGCAUUUCUUGUUGCCGUCUUAUUUGUUUUGUUUGGGACGUCUUUCUUUCUUGAUUGGCAUAGUGACUUGACACAGGUCAUACUGGAAAAUACUCAGUUUUGUUAGUUCUGUGAAAUGAGUAAACCAAUUCCUCCGAAUUCCAAGGAACAACAUGGUGUUAAUCCCCUGGUCUAUGCAGAUCCCAAUAAUUUGUAUAAUUUGGUUUGCAAUAUGCCACCGCCGCCACCCCCACCGGCUAGCAUAAAUACACCUCCUCCACCGCCACCACCACCAACAGUACCAUAUCCAGGUGAAACAACAAGCGACAAUGUUACUCCUCCUAGCAGUGAGCAUACAUCUGUGGCCAAAAUUUAUGAAGACAAAUAUGACUAUUCCAGCAGCUAUCCAGCCACUUACGAUACUUACUCCACAAAAAGUUGGCAAUCGGCAGCAGCUGUUCCCAACUAUUCUCACCAUUCCUAUGAAUAUAGCUCCGAAACAAGUUAUCAUCGUGGACACAGUGAUUAUCAUCAUAGCUCAUCAUAUAAAUAUCAUGGAUCGUAUGGAAGUAAUUAUUAUUCGUAUGGAGCGACAACGGCUCCAUCUCAUGGCAGCUCAGCUUCAAGUUAUCGUUAUUCCUCCUCCUCCUCCUCUUCGUCGAGACAUCGUAGUGAUUAUUAUUCACGUAGCUCAUCCUACAGCGGAUCGUCUGAACGGUCAUCCAAGUCGGCAACAUAUGGUGGCGAGCCCCUACCCAGCAAAAGCGAAAAGCGACCAAGAGUGCGUGAGGAGCGCCCUGUAAAGCCAGAAACCGAACGUGAUCGUUUGCUAAGAAUGUGGCGUUCUAAUUAUUGUGAAACUCCUGAAGAUAUCCAACGGAAAAUGGAAGAACUGGCCGAAAUGGAUGAGGAUACCCGAGAGGUAUGGAUACGAUCUUCACCAGCUGAUUUGUACUAUCGUCGUACAAAUGUGGUGCAGGAAGUUGAGGCCACCAAACGUUCGAAUCUGCUGUGUGAGUUGUUCGAGGAAGAAUUACUUAAACGUUUUGAACGGGUACGAGUCAAGUUACCACCCUAUAAUCCGCCGCCAAGGCAAACACGUCGCCGUGUCUGUAAACACAAAUCCGAAGGAUGUUCCUCCUCCGAUUCAGAUUCAUCGGAUAAUGAGGAGUUUAAAUUGGAACAGGACAACUGUAUGGAAGAGCUGUCGCGUAAAGUCCAACACCCGUAUCGUAUACAUGCCGAUUUGUGGCACAACGAAGCGGGCGAAAUGAAUGAUGGUCCCCUGUGUAGGUGUUCACAAAAAUCGCGGCGAGUUGGUAUACGUCAUGGUAUCUACCCGGGCGAGAUACGUUAUCCCAAAUGUGAUCCGAAUUCAAAUAAUGCCAGUAAAUUACAUCAUUAUCGCAUCACCAUUUCACCGCCCACAAAUUUCCUCACCAAAACCCCCACCAUCAUCAAACAUGAUGAGCAUGAAUUUCUGUUUGAGGGGUUCUCAUUGUUCUCCCAUUUCCCAUUGGGUGAUUUGCCAACAUGUAAGGUGAUACGUUUCAAUAUUGAAUACACUAUAUUGUAUGUGCCCGAGAAGAUGCCGGAAAAUUUCACCGUCAAGGAGCUGGAUAUAUUUUUUAAAUACUUGUUCCAUGAACUCUUGGAGUUGGUGGAUUUCUCCCUGCUGCCCAAAUCUGAGGAUUCCGAAAAUGACAGCUGCCCAGCCUUUCAUUUCUUGCCCCGCUUUGUACGCGACCUACCCGAUAAUGGCAAAGAAGUUUUGGCCAUGUGUGAGGUAUUGAAAUAUCUCCUGGACAAUGCUGGACCAUUGGUGGAUUCACCACUGCUUACAAAUCUCACACACACCCCACAAAGUGAAUGGCAGGACUAUGUGGAUGAUUUCAAAGGCAUGUUGGCCACCAAGCCUGGCUAUAAACCCAGUUCCAUACGUGUAGAUCAGCUGGAUCGUAAUGUUGCCGAUUUACCAGAAUGCUAUGACAAAGAAGAGGGGGUGUGCCACCCAGCCAUUGUCCACUUUGGCAUACGUCCUCCCCAGCUAAGUUAUGCCGGUAAUCCAGAAUAUCAAAAGGCCUGGCGGGAAUAUGUUAAAUUUCGCCAUUUAAUGGCCAAUAUGUCCAAGCCGUCGUUUAAAGAUAAACGUAAAUUGGAAGAGAAGGAGGCUCGUCUGCAAGAAAUGCGUACCCAGGGUAGAAUGAAACGUAAUGUCACCGUGGCCGUUAGUUCCAAGGGUUAUCAUCGCACUGGCAUUAUGUGUGACAUUGUGCAACAUGCCAUGUUGGUGCCUGUGCUAAGUGGCCACUUGAGGUUUCACAAAUCCCUGGAUUUCUUGGAAGAGAAGAUAGAAUAUAAAUUCAAAAACAGAUAUCUUUUGCAAUUGGCCCUUACGCAUCCUUCGUAUAAGGAAAAUUAUGGUACCAAUCCCGAUCAUGCCCGCAAUUCCUUGACCAAUUGUGGUAUACGACAACCGGAAUAUGGUGAUCGUAAAAUCCACUACAUGAACACCAGAAAGAGGGGUAUCAACACCCUGAUCAACAUUAUGUCCCGUUUUGGCAAGGAAUAUGAAACCAUGUCGAAUAUUACCCACAAUGAACGUUUGGAGUUUUUGGGUGAUGCUGUGGUGGAAUUUUUAAGUUCCAUACAUUUGUUCUUUAUGUUCCCCGAGCUGGAGGAGGGUGGUUUGGCCACUUAUCGGGCGGCCAUUGUGCAAAAUCAACAUUUGGCUUUGUUGGCCAAGAAACUGCAUUUGGAGGAAUACAUGUUGUAUGCCCAUGGUUCGGAUUUGUGUCAUGAGUUGGAGCUGAAACAUGCCAUGGCCAAUUGUUUUGAGGCCCUAAUGGGGGCUUUAUUGUUAGAUGGUGGUAUUUCCGUGGCCGAUGAGGUCUUUAUGAAUGCCCUGUUUAUGGAAGAUGACCCGUUAAGGGAAAUAUGGAAAAAGUUACCCGAACAUCCUUUGCAGGAACAGGAACCCAUGGGCGAUAGGGAUUGUAUCUCCUCAUAUCCCAUGCUGCAGGAAUUGUGUAAAUUUGAAGAAUCCAUUGGCAUACAAUUUAAGCACAUACGUCUACUGGCCAGAGCCUUCACAGAUCGUUCCAUAGGUUUUACACAUUUGACAUUGGGUUCCAAUCAACGUUUGGAAUUUCUGGGUGAUACGGUUUUGCAAUUGAUAUGUUCGGAAUAUCUCUAUCGUCAUUUUCCCGAACAUCAUGAGGGUCAUUUGUCCCUGCUAAGGUCCUCUUUGGUCAACAAUCGAACCCAGGCAGUGGUUUGUGAUGAUUUGGGCAUGACAAAAUAUGCCGUCUAUUCCAAUCCCAAGGCAGAAUUGAAAACCAAGGACAGAGCCGAUUUAUUGGAAGCCUUUCUGGGAGCCCUCUAUGUAGACAAAGGCCUGUUGUAUUGCGAACAAUUUUGCCAUGUCUGCCUGUUUCCAAGACUGCAAAUGUUUAUUAUGAAUCAAGACUGGAAUGAUCCCAAAUCGAAGCUGCAGCAAUGCUGUUUAACUUUGCGUACCAUGGAUGGUGGAGAGCCGGAUAUACCGCUCUAUAAAGUCAUUGAAUCUUCGGGGCCAACCAAUACCCGUGUCUAUACGGUGGCUGUUUAUUUCCGUAACAAACGUUUGGCCACCGCCACUGGGUCCUCGAUACAACAGGCCGAAAUGAAUGCCGCCAAACAGGCAUUGGAAAAUUCCAGAGAUCUUUUCCCCCAGCUGGAUCAUCAGAAACGUGUCAUAGCCAAAAGUAUUAAAAAACAAACGGGACGUGAAAUCAAUCAAGACACGGAGGCGAAUAGCAAGGAUGAAAAGAAACCCAAGCAUAAGCCGCACAUUGCCGAUGAAUCACAUUUGCCGAAACAGUAUAGGGAAAGGGAAGAUAUAUCAAGUGAUGAGUUGCCCGAAGAUGAUGAUGAUCAGCAAGAGGGUAAUGAGCUGGCACAACGAAGGAACAGCCGGAAACUCUCAACCACAGGUUAUUCCUCGAAUAGUCUGAUAGACUCGGAUACCGAUGACAUAACAUCCCCCACCAAUACACCAAAGAAACGUGUUAAACUCUCCACCCCGCCCAAGGAGGAUAAACAAAAAUCUCAAAACUUAGCAGAAAGUAAAAAGAACUUGGACUUACCUUGUGAGGAUAUUAGCAGUGAUGAGGAUUUUAAUCGUUCCGAAUUGCAAGAGAGUAAAAGCGACGAAAAACCAAACCCUAUUUUAAGUGAUUUAAAAGACUUGGUAGAAGAUAUUUCAUCUUCGUCAGAUCUAGAACCCGAACCAGGGGAAUUAUCGUGUUAAAGAAAUGUUAAACAUUUCCAGAAAAUCUGCAAAGUUUUCGAAAACAGACGAAGGAGUUUAAGGACUUAAUUAAAUGAUUUUUUUUUAGUUCCAAUAAAGGAACUACAUUGACUACCAUAUAUGCCAAGCUAAAAUUUUGAUUCCAGCAGUUUCGUAGUAAUAGUUAUCGACUGUAUUUUUAUCAUUCUAUGAACAAAUGAUCCAUUUUUAUAGGUACUAUAAUUAUGGCGGCCUACAAGGUAAGAUCGCCAAUUUUUCACAUACUUACCAAUCUUGAGUAGUGCGAUAUAUA